ACUUAGAACCGAAAAGACCAGGUUACGAUUUACCCAGGUGCCUAUCAUAAUUCUUCGAAACGAUUUCGUACAACUUACUUCAUUUCGGCGAACCAAAAAAGAUGGCGCCAAAAGCAAGUGUGAAACUAGUAUUUUUAGUCAAUGUUGUCGGUUUACUAAUAUUUAUGGUGUAUCUUGUUUGGAAAUACUUCCAAGUUCAACAGAACACGGAGCAAAUAGAAGAAAAUACACACUGGUCUAACAUAAUAAAUAAAUUAUGGACAUCUGACAAACUAGAACCAGAGAAGCCUUCAUCAGUUAUGCCAGAAAUGUGGACUUCCAUAUUGAAUGAUUAUGAAGUCAUGAAACUAUGGAUCAUAGACAUUAUUUGUCUAUUCAUUCCGAAGGGAGUAACUUCAAUAAUAGCUCGAGUCAUUCAGGUUGUAUGUGCUGCAUUGUUAGCAUUCAUCAUUAUAACCAGGUACUGUGGAUAUUUUUUCUGGAGGAUGGAAAAACAAAAGGAAAAUAAACCCAAGAAGAAAUCUCAGAAGAAUUCCAUUCGUGCAUAUCUUCAUCAGGUGACCUUUAAGAAGGUGAUGGGGUUCUUGACCCUUGUCAUGUUACUGAUUAGCAUUCCAUUCGAGUACAUGAGACUGUAUCAGGAACAAGUGGCAAUAAAAGUAGCUACAAUGACAGCUGGUGCUCCUAAAGAGUGUGUGCCACAGAAGAUGAACUUCUUAGAGAGUGUGAAAUAUUAUAUAAAUUGGGAGCUUUCGUGGAUCCAUGAUCCGUGUGAGAAGUACCACAAGGCAUUACUUGUGGACCCUUUGUGGGAAAUAUCACCACUGCUUGUCCUAUGGUCAGCUCUAGUCAGAGGCAUUCUUCAUCCGAUUGAACUUUUAUUCUCCAGCACUGGAAAAUGUUUCAAACUUUUCUUCAGUGAAAUUCCAGCUCAGUGGCAGCCUUUGAUGUUCAUUCUGAUUGUUUUUGUGUUCGUGGUUGUGAUGAUGAUGACCUAUAACUAUAGGAUCUCCUUACCUUUCCUGCUCAAAAUAGAGCCCAAGACACCAGUGAUCCAAAAGACCAUAUCCAUGGUGAAACAGAGUGCCACAAAGGAAGAGAAAACUCGGAACAAUUUGUGUACUCCAAAGAAGUAGAAGAAAUGUAUGCAGACAACCCUCAAGAUAUUCCGUAAUAUUGAUGAAGCUCAGGGUCAUCAACUGAUGAAGUUCAGGGUCAUUAACUGCAAUCCAGUUUUAUAGUUCUUUGUUGAAUUUUAAAACAUUUCAUUGAUAUUUAAUUUAAUGUUAUAUGAAAAUUGGUGCCAAAUUUGAUCUGAUACAAAUGUAUUAAUUUGAGUGAGAUGAGAUUGUAUGAUUAAUUUAAUACUAAAUAUGAUAUGAGAGAUGUAA